AUGUUGUUCACCGGUCUUUUGGGCCUGCUAGGGUUCGGGAUUGGGUCAGCCGUUCUUUGCGGCGAGGGCGCGAACAGGUUGGAGUCAGUUGACCUGAGCCCCAACGCAAAGGCUGCCGCUCAGAUAGCCAUGAUCAUAACCCUGUCGUAUGUCUUCGCACUCGUUACAGUCGUGCCGUGUCUGUCAAUAUGCGUUCCUCAUAUUUGGGAAUUUUUCGUUCUCCUCAUCUGCCUGGAAGGAUUUGGAAGCGGGGCAUAUGUCGUUGCAGUAACCAGAACCAACGUGGAUAAGGGCUCCUGCGAUGAGUACCUCAUGUCUGUUGAUACCUGUUGGAGCGGAUUACGGAUGGUGAAGGCAGGCGGUGUAUUCCGCAUGCUGCUUCUUGCGUAG